CCAUCAUGCACCGGCGCAGCUCCCAGGGUGCCCCGCGCGCGUAUAGAAUCCGGUUUCCCAUGAUCCUCUCUUUCUCUUCGCCGCCGGAGUUGCCUGUGAGGGAGCUCCUGCAGCCGCCAUUAUGAAGGUCGAGUUGUGCAGCUUCAGCGGGUACAAGAUCUACCCAGGCCACGGCCGCCGCUAUGCGCGUACGGACGGCAAGGUUUUCCAGUUUUUGAAUGCAAAAUGCGAGUCUGCAUUCCUUUCCAAGAGAAACCCCCGUCAGAUCAACUGGACUGUUUUGUACAGGCGGAAGCACAAGAAAGGACAGUCUGAAGAGGUACAAAAGAAGCGUACCCGCCGUGCUGUCAAAUGCCAUAGGGCAAUUACAGGUGCCUCUUUGGCUGAAAUAAUGGCCAAGAGAAAUCAAAAGCCUGAAGUGCGAAAAGCCCAAAGGGAACAGGCCAUUAGAGCUGCCAAGGAAGCAAAGAAGGCUAAGCAGGCUACUAAGAAAACUGUACCCUCCACAACAAAGGCACCUACAAAGGCUGCGCCAAAGCAAAAAAUCAUGAAGCCUGUAAAAGUUUCUGCUCCUCGUGUUGGUGGGAAACGCUAACUUUUUUGACUGCUUUGGUUACAUGAAAUAAAUAUUUGACAUGUAAACUGU